AUGAGUGGUGGCCACCAGCUGCAGCUGGCUGCCCUCUGGCCCUGGCUGCUGAUGGCUACCCUGCAGGCAGGCUUCGGACGCACAGGACUGGUACUGGCGGCAGCGGUGGAGUCUGAAAGAUCAACAGAGCAGAAGGCUAUUAUCAGAGUGAUCCCCUUGAAAAUGGACCCUACAGGAAAACUGAAUCUCACUUUGGAAGGUGUGUUUGCUGGUGUUGCUGAAAUAACUCCAGCAGAAGGAAAAUUAAUGCAGUCCCACCCCCUGUACCUGUGCAACGCCAGUGAUGAUGACAAUCUGGAACCUGGAUUCAUCAGCAUCGUCAAGCUGGAGAGUCCCCAACGGGCCCCCCGCCCCUGCCUGUCAUUGGCCAGCAAGGCCCGAAUGGCGGGUGAGCGAGGAGCCAGCGCCGUCCUCUUCGACAUCACUGAGGAUAGGGCUGCUGCCGAGCAGCUGCAGCAGCCCCUGGGGCUGACUUGGCCAGUGGUGCUGAUCUGGGGUCAUGAUGCCGAGAAGCUGAUGGAGUUCGUGUACAAGAACCGGAAGGCCCACGUGAGGAUUGAGCUGAAGGAGCCCCCAGCCUGGCCAGACUAUGAUGUGUGGAUCCUCCUGACAGUGGUGGGCACCAUCUUUGUGGUCAUCCUGGCUUCAGUGCUGCGCAUCCGGUGCCGCCCCCGCCACAGCAGGCCGGAUCCCCUUCAGCAGCGAACAGCCUGGGCCAUCAGCCAGCUGGCCACCAGGAGGUACCGGGCCAGCUGUAGAAGGCCUGGGGCUGAGUGGCCAGACUCAGGGAGCAGCUGCAGCUCAGCCCCCGUGUGUGCCAUCUGCCUGGAGGAGUUCUCUGAGGGCCAGGAGCUACGUGUCAUCUCCUGCCUCCAUGAAUUCCAUCGUGCCUGCGUGGACCCCUGGCUGCAUCAGCAUCGGACUUGUCCCCUCUGCAUGUUCAACAUCGUAGAGGGAGACUCAUUUUCCCAGUCCCUGGGACCCUCUCGAUCUUACCAGGAGCCAGGACGAAGACUUCACCUCAUCCGUCAGCAUCCUGGCCAUGCCCACUACCACCUCCCUGCUGCCUACCUGCUGGGCCCUUCCCGGACUUCGAUGGCUAGGCCCCCACGACCUGGUCCCUUCCUACCAUCCCAGGAGCCAGGCGUGGGUCCCAGGCACCACCGCUUCUCCAGGGCUGCACAUCCCCUGGCUCUAGGCGAGCGGCAGCACCUAGCAGUGGGCCAGCACCCCUUUGCUCAGGGCUGGGGUCUGAGCCCCCUCCAGUGCACCUCUCAGCACACCGCCGCCUGCCCAGUGCCCCCGCGCCGGGCCAGGCCUCACGACAGCAGUGGGUCUGCAGAGAGCUACUGCACAGAACGCAGUGGCUACUUGGCAGAUGGGCCAGCCAGUGACUCCAGUUCGGGACCCUGUCAUGGCUCUUCAAGUGACUCAGUAGUCAACUGCACAGACAUUAGCCUGCAAGGCAUCCACGGCAGCAGUUCUACCUUCCGCAGCUCUCUGAGCAGUGACUUUGACCCCUUGGUAUACUGCAGUCUGGAAGGGGAGGCCCAGGGGGAAGAGACUCAGCCCAGUGUGACCUCGAGGCCCCGUUCUUUGGACUCAGUGGUGCCCAGAGGGGAAGCCCAGGUUUCUAGCCACGUCCACUACCACCGCCAUCGGCACCACCACUACAAAAAGCGCUUCCAGUGGCAUGGCAGGAAGCCUGGUGCAGAAACUGGGGUCCUCCAGUCCAGGCCUGCUGUUCCUCGGCCACAGCCUAAGCCAGAGCCACCAGCUCCUGAUCAGCAAGCUGCCAGAUACAGCACAGUGGCCCCUGCAGGACAGUUCCCCAACCCCCAACGGCCCCGGGCCCUCACAGAGCCAGCCCCAACCCUGACUGAUGCUUCCAGCCCCGGUCCCAGCAGUCUCUUCCACUCACAGAAAUCCAGCUUCCCUGUCCGACACCCACAGAGGAAACGGCGGGGGGGUCCUGCAGAGCCUCCCCCAGCCUCUCAGCCCCAGGACUUGACUGUACACCCAGCUUGCCAAAUUUUUUCCCAUUAUGACCCCAGCCUGGCAUACCCUUGGUCUCCAGAGACCCACCCAUUGAUCUGUGGACCUCCUGGCCUGGACAGGAGGAUGCUACCAGAAACCCCAGGCCCCUGUUACUCAAGUUCACAGCCUGUGUGGUUGUGUCUGACUCCACGCCAGCCCCUGGGACCACACCCCUCUGGGGAAGGGCCUUGCAGAUGGAGCCCUGGUACCCCAGAGGGCAGGCCAUGCCCUUACCCACACUGCCAGGUGCUGCCAGCCCAGCCUGGCUCGGAGGAGGAGCUUGAGGAACUCUGUGAACAGGCUGUGUGAGAUGGUCAGGCUUCCCUCCAACCACGAGCGUGCUCUGGAUGACUCGGCCCGCCCUGGCACAGAGUCCUGCUCCUAAGAGAAGAAGGAGUCUCAGAAAACACCCCUCUUUUCGCCACACUUCCUGGAACCACUAGAAGAGGAGUGGUGAUGGUGGAUGCCAGGGGGUGUUGUUUCCUGCUCCCAGAUCCAGAGCUUGUCUGCAGAACACACCUGCGGUGCAACAAGUCCGCAUCCAGCAGGGAACCAGCUGCUACCUGUGUGGGCUGGCUCCCUUGAAGGCUGUUUUUUUUUUUUUUUUUUUUGAGAGCAGGAAGCUAGGUAUGGGUAGAUAAGUGUUAUAAAGGUGCUGCUCCUUCCCCCAGCCCCAGCAGGUCUUCCUCAUCCCAAGUCUCAUGUUUAUACCAGCCAAUGGGUCCAGCUGAAUGCAUGUGUGACCCCUUCUCACCUCCUUUCUUGAGUGAAUCCUGCACACCAGCUUUGGCUCCUCCUUGAUAAGGCUGCUGCAUCAGCAGCAACCCUGGCUGUUAUUUUCCUUCUUUGCAAAAUGAUCAAGAGCAUAGGUGACCCCUGAGCCCUGACAGUCGGGAGUGGGGAGCUCUGCACUUUCUCCAAGCAGUGAACCCACCCUGGUACAUAAGGGAACAUGUUCUUCCCUUCUUGUCCUUAAUUUUCAUACACACUAUGUUAAGCUAGAGGAGAGAGGCUCUGGGAAGCCAGAGUAUGGAGUUCUCUCCCUGAGGUGGUACAGCACCUUGAAGAACCUGGGGCGAAGCCUCUGAUCUUUAGACUCACUUAUCACUCCGGCAGUCCCAAUUUCUCUGGGAGUUGGGUGGAGGUAGUAGGAGGAAAUAACUUCCUUGGAGAUCUCCUAUCUCAAAGUCCCAAUGUGGGGAGAAAGAAGAGGAUUUCUGUUGGCCUUCAUCUAGGGAAAGGGAAGAUGGAAUGAAGGUAGAAAGGGCAGAAUUACAGCUGACCGAGGAUGACAACGAAUUCUUCUCUGGGAGUUUUCUCUCAGAGCAGGGAUGGGGAACAGGAAGGAAUAAAGGACAAGCAGAUUGGGACCCUUGAGUUUAGAUGUUCCAGAGGCUCCACUUCCCAGUAUAAGCCAUACAGGCCAGGGACACGCAGGACGGUGUGCAUGCGAGUGGAGUCGGAGCAGAAGUCUGGUCUGAAUAGCUGGUACCCAGUGGGCAAGGGCUGAGGGGCCUCCUUAGGGUGACAUUCACCCCAGGGCAGCUUGACCAUUGCUGGCCCCUCAAGCAUUAUCCCAUUUGGAAUGUGAAUGUGGGAGCAAAGUGGGCGCGGGACCCCACCUGGGAAUCUUCUUCCCUUAGAGUCAGUGGGGAACUGGCACCUCGGCACCCACAUGGUUAUUUAUAUCUGAACCAGACAGAAAGACGCUUGAAUCAGGCACUAUGUUGAGAAAUGUAUUUAUUUGCUAAU